AUGAAUCUUGCACCGUCCAAGUUCGACACCGCCUUGCCAAUUUGUAGAUACCUUUGCAAGGCCAGCCAGGGGAGUACUCCUGCCGAAGCCAUCUCGCAACUCUUGUCUCUGGUGUCCGCUGCGUCUUCAAGACUUUCCACUGGCGCUCCACAGGAUGUCUGCUGGAACUGCAUGCCGCUGGUCCCUUCGGCGCUGGAGCUGAAGUCGUUGAAGAUUUUGCCCAACGGACGAGCACAACGCUCUGCCUUGCAACGGCUUCCAGUGGUGAGGCAGAUCGGAAGCUAUAAGUCUGCAGGUGAGUACUUCGACACGUAUUUCCGCUUGCUCCGGGAGGACUGCAUCUCUGCCAUUCGCCAUUCCAUCGCCUACGUCCGCGAGCAUGGGCUGGGCCGAAAUGGACCAAAGCAAGAGAGGGAAGCGGACGACAAUGUCUUCAGAGCUACACUGAAAGGCUUCACAGUUGGUAAAGGUGAUGGUGCUGAUAGUCGGAUCAAGGUGGUGUUUGAAGUAAAGCCAAUGUUUUCAUCGAAACGAUGGAUCUUCCGCAGCCUACGCUUCUUCAUGAACGGCAACUUGCUGGCUUGUGUCUGCGACCAGGACUUUUCAGAUCCCAUUUGGCUCCUGGCGGCACGACGUGAUCUGAAACACUCCGAGGUGGCCUUGGAGUUCUACGACGGAGACGGAGGUGGACACCGCUCCGGUUCGGGCGGGCAGCUAACGAGCGCGCUGGCGCGGCUGGCGAGCGCGCGGCAGCUGACGUUGAUCGCCUCGCCCACGUACUUUCGCUCCUUUGAGCCGGUGUUGCAGAGCCUCAAGACGUGGGAGACGGUUGGCCUACCGUUCGAGAAAGAGCUGGUGGAAUGCCAGCACGUCGAACGAUGCAGCAUGCUCUCAGAUCAGAGGGUUCAACGCGGAUUGAUCUUCGAAGAUAAGCCGUUGAUAGAAGAGGUGGCGUCGCGAGCGCCUGCGCCGGUCGCCAGCGGUCGGAAGGAUGUGCAGCGGGCCCGGGCGAAGCUGGAAGAAGUUGGGUCCUCCUUGGUGGGGAAAGAGGAAGACCUUGACGAUGAUUCGAUGCUGAUCGACCUGCCUCAUCGGCUUGCAAAGACGAAGUCGAGCGCCACGAAAACACUUCCGAUGUACCAAGUCGUUGGCAUCUCUGCAGAUGCCAUCGGCCUCUCGUGGCCUUUGAUGGAGAACGUCCAAACGGAGGUGGAGGUCGAAGGGGAAGCUUCUUGCCUAAAAAAGCCGGACAUAUUGAGCUUCAUGUCAACCCCCUUUACAGUACCACGGCGAUGGCGGUCACUAGUAUGGAAUGAAAAAGAUCAAGACCGUUGUUUGUUAAAAAACAUAUGUUUGUUUGUUCCAAGUCUUUGGGGAAUCAGGGUCAGCCCUCUACUAAACAUCCUGACUCAGGGCCGAAUGGCAUAG